AUGGCAUCAGGAAAAGGCAAAGCGGGAUCAAAGGGGCAGCCCAGGCGACCGGAGUUGAGGCGGCGAGGCAAAAAAGUGGCAAAAAGCGUACAUCCUAAAAGCAGGCGGGAGAAAGGUGGUGUGGAGUAUGUUCGAUUCAGCGGGCUCGAAAAGGCAGCAGAGUUCGCGUUGAGCGAGACACUACGGAAGCUCACGCUACAGAGAAUGGAGGAGUGCUACCCGGACAUCGAGCCGGAGGUUCUCGAGUACAUUAGGAAGCAGACGAUAGAAGUGUGGAGAAAAAAAGCAGAGGCGGAAUGUGGCCAGAUAUACACGGAGCGGGAUCUCAAGAGUAAGCUGGAUGCACUGGAUGAGAUCGUGAGUGAUGCACGGGACCGGCAGAGCAGGAGGGACCCGGAUGUGCUUCAUAUGGACCGGGUAAAGCCGGAGGAGGUGGUGCAGAGCCAGCUGAUUGCAUUAAAGGAGCAGGCGAUCAGGAAAAGCACCAAGAGCCUGAAUUCCUUGCGAUACCACAAGAAAAUACUGCUGAGGGAGCUCGAGCGGGUGAGCCGGGGCGUUGAGGCUGGCUGUGAGGAGCUUGAUGGGGUGAUUGGCGAGCUUGGUGACUUGAACAGCAGCCAGCAGGAGCCGGAUGACGGCCAAUUCGAGAAGUUGAUCGAGUACGCGGUGGAUGGUGGCAGGGCUGGGAGAUAA